AUGUCAGACCAAUACGACGUGCCCCCAGGGCAUGUGGCAAGCCCGGACAUCAAGGUUAACAAUCUCGGCUACAAAUUUCCAGAUGGUUCAACGGGCCUAUCAAACAUCAAUUUAGAUCUCCCUACCGGAAGCCGUACCCUGCUCAUCGGAGCCAAUGGAGCUGGUAAAACGACACUUCUCAGACUGCUGUCAGGCAAGAGGCUAGCACCCGCAGACACCAUAUCAAUUGGAGGAGUUGAUCCGUUUGCUGCCGGUCUCGAAGGUGUCACGUAUCUCGGUCUGGAGUGGGUGUUGAAUCCGAUUGUCCGCACGGACAUCGCGGUGCCGGUUCUUCUCGACUCUGUGGGUGGUUCAUACUAUCCCGAGCGGCGGGACGAGCUGGUCAAGAUCCUCGACAUCGACCUUCGAUGGCGGAUGCACGCUGUCAGUGACGGAGAGCGGCGCCGGGUUCAACUCGCCAUGGGCCUGAUACGGCCAUGGGACGUCCUUUUGCUGGACGAAAUCACAGUCGAUCUGGAUCUGUUGAGCCGGAGUAACUUCUUGAACUGGCUACGCGGGGAGACCGAGGGACGAGGCGCCACCAUCGUCUACGCUACCCACAUCCUCGACAAUCUGGUCGGCUGGCCCACCCACCUGGUACACAUGCACAUGGGCAAGGUCAAGGAGUGGGGAGCCAUGGCGAAAUUCGAUGCAGAGACCGACUUCUACAACAACACCGGCAACAGCAAGCUGGGUGAGCUGGUUCUGAAGUGGCUCAAGGAUGAUUUGAGGGAACGAGGCCCUCGCGAUCAAACGGGCCAGGCCAAGACGUAUGACACGCACGAGGGAGAAGGCGGUUACGGGCACGAGAAGCGUGAUGAUUAG